CUUCGCGGAGCCUCAAAUCGCAUCAGUGGGCGACUGCAAACACACGCAGCCUCCUCUCAGCCGCUCCUUCCCGCUGUCAUCAGGGACAAAAACCACCAGCAAUCACUCACCACACCUGGAUCUAUCUCUUAAAGCCGUGUAUUUCCACCUGAUGUGAGAGAGUGUUUUGCAGGGAGCAGUGAUGGGUGCGUUUGGAGUGAUUCUGAGGAGUUUACAUUGUAUGGGACUCUACAUCCAACUUAGUGCCUGUCUCAGACAAGCUGGAAGCGACGACGUGAAGAACCACAUAUCCAACAACGCGGUGUUCACUGAGGUCCCUCAUGACAUCACGGCACAGAGCGGUCAGGACGUGGAGAUGGCCUGUUCCUUCAGAGGCGCUGGAUCACCCUCCUACUCGCUGGAGAUUCAAUGGUGGUACAUCAGGAACCACAAAGAAUGGACCGACAAGCAGACGUGGAGCACCAAUCAGGUGAUGCCGCAGAAUGAGAAGUCAAAGGAUGCCACCAAAAUCAGUGUGGUGAAGGUUGCUGGAAGCAACAUCUCCCACAAGCUCCGUCUGUCCAGCGUGAAGCCCACGGAUGAGGGCACGUAUGAAUGCCGUGUCAUCGACUUCAGCGACAGCAAGCUGCGGCACCAUCACGUUCGAGCAUACCUGCAGGUGGAGCGGGCCGAGGGGAAUGUGCCUCCUCCGGUCCAUCAGGGGGCGACGUCACAAGAGGAGCUUCUGCAGUAUGACCAUCACAAGCACCAGCCGACCCACCACAAACCCAGCCGCGAGCUCAGGAAGAGGUCCGCUGAUGAUAGUACCACUGACUGCACUGAGAGCUGCGCGCUUUAGGUUCUUCUUAUACUUACUUAUUAUUACCCCACGCAAGCACCUGUACACCCACAUCAGUAAAAUACCCAUAAUUCAUUACGCCAACCCACAAACUAGGGAUAGCUCACCUGAAAAUAAAAAAAUCUGUCAUUGACUCACCUUCAUGUUGUUCUAAACACAUAUGACUGACUUUCUUAUGUAAAAAACAAAAGAAAACUCUUAAGCUUUUUGAUUUAUUAUUAUUAUUAUUAUUAUUAUAUUUUUUUAUGUUUUUUAUGUA